AUCCAGCUCGGCAGCAAUCGCCCAGCCUCCCAGCCUCGCCGUCUUGAGCCUCAUCAAUCCCCCACUCGUCAAUCUUCAUCUCAACAAAUAGGGGAAAGAGUGUCUUCCCGAGUGCAUCAUCCAGGCCCUGCCAUGAUGCCGCCUCAUUUCUCCUCUUUCAUACCCUCCCAACAAGGCCAUAUCCCCCACGCACAAACAUCCUCGCCGUCCAUGAUGCCACCACACAGUCCUCGCACCCUACAUCAAUCAACCCCUGAGCGUCCUCACUCACGGCGGAACGUCGACGUCUUCGACAUCCGCGACGAGGACCUCAUCACCGAGGCAGGAGCCCACAAGCGGCUCACCUCCUACAUCGUCAUCCGCCUAGAAAGGGCAACAGACCCGUCCGCCGUAGACAGCCAAGGAAGCGCCCUUUCUCCGACCUGGGAGAAGGCUUCGCAUUUGAUGCGGAAAGAUGUGUCUCAGCGAGACGCAAGACGGCAAGUCCGCAAGCUGGACACGGAGACUGGCUCUGUGGCGGACAAGAAGAGGUGCCUUCCGUCUGCGAUACGGAGGCAGUUGGAGCAUGCGUGGAGGAACCUCGAGAGGGCGGAGGAUGAUGCUCGUUUCGUCUAUACGCUUGCUCAGGUGGAUUUGAAGUCUAAAGGUGUCGAGACUGACGGGCGUGAGAAGAAGCAUAAGAAGAGGAGCAAAGAUCGUCAUCGGUCCAAGGGGUCGUCACGCGGUGAGACGAAGAGAGAGCCGAUGUCUGUGACUGCAUACUUCAGGAGGGAGCCGGGACGCAAUGGGGAUUGCGUGAGGAUGUUGAAGAUGCAGCUGGCAGAGAGACGACAGGAUGGAGGAGAGGCUCACGAUGAUCACCUUCCCACGAUGGCUCGGGAUCAAUCUCCUCCACCACGCCCCAUCCAAGCUGGUGCCCCAACGAAUCCGUCUCGCCAGUCUGCGUUUGAGCCUCAGCUGCAGCGUCGACUCAUAUUGAGCCAGCCUUUCAGCACCACAGCUCAUCACCCUGCCAGAUCGGCUCAUCCUCCUCCUGCCCCUUUUCCCCCGCCUGGAUCGCAUCCAUUGCCACUAUCACUGCCAGUCCACAAUUCUCGCAACAUAUCGCAAGCCAUCGAAGCCCAGAAUCGUAGGAUCCAGUCACACGCACCUGGAAUGGAGCGCCAGCCCACAGCAAGGUCAUAUAAUUCCAGAAGCUCCGUCACCUCCUUCAGCUCAUUGUCGACCGAGGACUCCGAGCGCAUCAUUACCCCGAGCUCUUCUCUUGGGCAGAGUCACAGUCUUCCUCGUCCUCGCCUUCACCAAUCUCAUCAUCAUCAUGAUGGGUUAAGGGGGCGAAGCAGGGACCGCCAGCAUCGCAUUGGAGACGACUCCGUUGUGCUAGAGGUUGCCCGCCCACCAAGGCGGCACAAUCCAGCAGAAAGCUUCAUCAGCAUUCCCCCUGCUGCUCCUGAUCCAAUCGAGGCCGUAUCGGAGGCAGAUACGGUAAGGCGCAGAGAACAGAGGACGUACCAAGACGGGGUCAUGGACGCACAGCACACGGCCAGAUCUAUCGCUGGGGGGAGCGCACCCCGUCCGUCUCGAAGCAUUCGAGAUCCCUCAGAGGGUCAGAAAGCUCCCGUGUAUCGCACGGCGCGAUCCCCUGCAGGAGGCAAUCAUGACAUGGAUCAGCUAGGGAAUAGAGUCAGCCGCACAUCGUUGGCUGACGGCCCUCGCAACCGCCCAGGGCAGGCCCGCGACCCGAUUACCCAUCAUGGCUACAUGGAAGCACCAAGAAGACGUCGUGAUGGUUUUGAUGACGACGGGUUGGUGACGGCUGAACCGGUUCGGGGGACAUGGAGGAGGCGAGAUGCGCAGCGGUACAUGGCCGAGAGGCGGCGUACGGAUCAAGAUGCGUGGGAUCUGGGCAGGACCAGUCCCUUGCAAUAUGGAGAGGGUCAGCGAAGAGUGUCGAGGUAUUCAAGCUAUAGGCGAUGA